AAGCUUGUGUUUGUUUUUGGGGCAGGCUGGGUCGCCGAGCCUCUCUCGCGCAGUUUUAAGCCAAUCACCGAGGCGACGAGCCUCCUCUUCAACCACGAGACCUAACGUGGAUGCUUCAUCACAAACACCAGCUGCCUUCAGGACUCUCAGGUGGUGUAUGAUGCUGGUGAUGCAGUUGCUGAGGAGUGCGGUGAGGCACGCAGGGAGCAGACCCCAGCGCGGGGUUGAGCGAUUGAUCAGCUCGUCCUCACACCACCACCGGAUUUCUGCCUCUGGGAGAACUCAUCCUUCAUCUUGCACCGACGCCGACCACCCUAAAGUCCUCAUCACUGGAGGGCUUGGACAGCUAGGGGUGGGUCUUGCCAAGUUGCUGAGGAGACGAUUUGGGAAAAACAACGUGAUCCUGUCCGACAUUAAGAAACCGCCGACUGACGUCUACCUUAAUGGUCCAUUCAUCUUCUCAGACAUCCUGGACUAUAAGAACCUCAGGGAGAUCGUGGUUAACAACAACAUCAGCUGGCUGGUUCACUACUCAGCCGUGCUGUCCGCCGUGGGAGAGAGCAACGUCGCACUGGCCAAAGAGGUCAACAUCACGGGUCUCCAUAACAUAUUAGACAUAGCAACAGAACAUGGUCUGCGUGUGUUUGUCCCCAGCACCAUCGGUGCCUUCGGUCCAUCCUCACCAAAGGACCCCACCCCUGAUCUGUGUGUGCAGAGACCGCGCACCAUCUACGGUGUCUCCAAAGUCCACGCAGAGCUGAUGGGUGAGUACUACCACCACAGGUAUGGGCUGGAUUUCCGCUGUCUCAGGUACCCAGGCAUCAUCUCAGCUGACUCCCAGCCUGGUGGAGGAACCACAGACUAUGCUGUCCAGAUUUUCCACGCGGCUGUAAAGACCGGGUGUUUUGAGUGCAACCUGCGCAGUGACACGCGGCUUCCUAUGAUGUACAUCGAUGACUGUCUCAGGGCCACUCUAGAGAUCCUGGAGGCCCCGGCAGACACGCUGAUCAGCCGCACCUACAAUAUCAACGCGAUGAGCUUCACGCCGCACAGCCUCACCCAGGAGAUACAGAAAGUCCUGCCCGACCUCAAGGUCACCUACAACGUGGAUCCUGUCCGGCAGGCUAUCGCGGACGGCUGGCCAAUGGCACUAGAGGACAGCGCAGCGAGGCGGGACUGGGGCUGGAAGCACGAGUAUGACCUCCCGGAGUUGGUGCAGACCAUGCUGACUCACAUCAACACAGGCAACCAGGUGGCACAAGCCUACUGAGCCGUUUGUGGUAGCGAAAGCUUUAUUUAAGAGAGUGUGAGAGCAUCUAAGCCUUCACUGUCACACUUAAAAAUCACCAAGUCUUACCGGAAGUCUUAAAGAUCCUAAAUUAAUUUAAUAAAUUUACAGACAGAGAGAUUCUUAAAUAAUCACUACAAAUUUGACAAUCUACCUGAGAUAUAAACUUGAAUGUGAGAGGUAUGAAACAUUCCACACCACUCAGUAUCCUAUUUUUGAUUAGACCUCCUCCACCUUGUCAUCUCUUCCCUCUCUGUUCGUGUCCGUCUGCCCAGCUUUAGUGCAAAACCAAAAAAAACGUUGCGCUCCGUUAGAGCCACUGAACUCAUAGGAGAGUCGAGUUCCCUCCCUGAUUGUACCUUUAUGUAAGUAUUAAUGUUCUAAAGUAUCUGUUAAAUAUGCAGAUGACUUUGCCAGCCUACUGAAUAUACAUCCGUCCUCUGCAGCAGCUAAAUGCUUUACCUUAGGUCACCAAUAUACUGUGACCAUAAACAGUGGAAGGCUUUACCUCGGGUGCUGUCACUCUAGAAAGUCGUACCCUUACAGAACUGUAGGGAUAGUUUCCUGGUGCUUUAACCAUAGUUGCCUGCUGUGUGAUAGCUGGUUUCAAAGAAGGAAAGGUAGCAGGGCUCUAGGCCUUUAAAAUAAGCUUGAGUUAUAGAAGUUAUAGAAGCAUAGCUUCUAAAAAUCUACUUGACUUUUUUGCAAUAGAUGCUUUUAAUGUUUUCGUUUGCACUUGAAUUCUUUUUAUUGUUGCUUUCUGUUUAGAAGCCGUAUAAAUCUGUGAAGGCUUUAGAGCUCAGAUAGUUUUUUAUGUUAUUUAUUAUUCUGCUGUUUGCAGCUUUAUCUGUCCAAUCAAAAGAAGACUCUUUUUUUUUUUUAAAUAAAUACUUGUAUGAAACCA